AUGGACCCCACCUACGCGAAAAUGGUCGCUGCCAUGACCGGCUCGACCCUUACCGCUCUUACGAUGACCCCGUUUGACGUGGUAAAGACGAGGCUGCAGACACAACCGCCAGCAGUACGCCAGCCCCUCUUUCCUGCACCACCGGCGAACAUGUGUUGCCAGCCCUCCAAAUCAAUGCCCUGCGUACGCCGAAUGUCUUCAUUGGCACCGGCGUUAGAAGGGCAGACCGUAUGCGUGUGGGAUCAUGGUGUUAUGCGCACCGAGAGAAUAACGGGCUUUCUUGAUGCUGUUCGGCAUGUUAUGCGGGCGGAGGGCGUGCUGGGACUGUGGAAGGGCGCGGGGACAACGUUAGUCAUGGUCAUUCCAUCUGCCUCGUCCUACAUGCUUGCCUACGACCACCUACUGAAUGUCACCCUGCCGCCCCUCCUCCCAUCAGCCAUUGUCCCCCUAUGCUCCGGUAUGCUCGCACGAACCAUGACCAGCACUGUCAUGUCCCCCUUGGAGCUUGUCCGGACCAACUUGCAGUCAACACCCCUCUCGCCGGACAAUCCCCACACACUGCGUUCCGUCUUGACUUCGGUACGAGGCUUGACACAAGUUCAUGGGUUUCAAUAUCUUUGGAGAGGCCUAGGGCCAACCCUUUGGCGUGACGUUCCAUUUAGCGGGCUAUACUGGGCAGGAUACGAGAUCUGCAAGAAGGCGUUUGUGCGAGAGGGCUUCACUGGGCCCCAGGUUGCUUUUGUCAGCGGGGCGAUCAGUGGGACGACGGCAGCCUUCUUCACGUCACCAUUUGAUGUCUUGAAGACACGACAACAGGCGGUCUCGAUGCAGAGCGGUGGUCCUAAUGCCCCCACCUUCUCUCUUGCAUUGCGUAUACUUCGGACAGAGGGCAUGCGGGCGCUCUACGCGGGUUUCCUUCCUCGAGUGGUCAAGAUUGCUCCGGCGUGUGGCAUCAUGAUCUCCUGCUUCGAGGGUAUUGGCAAGUUCCUGGCCAAGCCAUAG